UAUAGUAAUAAUUAGGUUAACACAUCGUGCUUCUUAUCUGAGGAUCAUGAUGGACUUUGAUAUUUCAGCUGUUCCUCCCUACUAGGAAACAAUAGCCACAGACAUACAAAGGUCUGGUGGAAUCAGAAAACUAAAUGCCUGUUCCCAGUGUUAGCCACCUCUGCAGGAUCAAAUGCAGAAUCUAUCAGAUUUGGCCCUUAAAUCUUGAAAUCUUUCCACUCAGUUUGCCUGGAAGAGUCUGUUACGGAUAUACCGUAUCAGAUGACUCCUGAUCCUGGUAACCCUGAGCUCUUUAGUGGGAAUCCAUCACCAUUGUAAGCAAAGUGGAUUCCAUGUUUUGUUUUACAGAAACCCAAGCUCUUGCUCCCUUAAUCCUCAAUUUCUUCAAGAUGCAUUUGUUUUCAAAAGGCAGAGACAUUCAGGCAAAUGGGGCCAGGAUGCCUCGGGAGAUUCCCUCUCAAGUCAGGAUUUUGACUCUUGCCAAGAUCUGUCUCAGACACCCUAUCGCCUCCCCCCACCCCCAACCAGGGUUUAAAGCUUCCAUUUCUUUCUCUCAGCCCCACCUGCUGCUCCUCGAUCUGGACCCAGUGUCAUGCCCACUCUAGUAUCCACCCAGCUGUUGCUGUUCAGCUGUUGGAUUUCAUCAAGCAGUCAUUUCUCCUUUUCUUAAUUUAACAUGUGACAGUAAAAUGAGAACUUUAGGCCAAUUGGGAAAAAUAUUUUGUGGGGAUAGGGGUGUUAAGGGCUCAGUACCAGGGAACUAAAACCUCAUUCUGUUAAGCAUAAAUUUUGUUCCCACCGCCAGACUGGCACCAGAUAAGGGGACCUGGUAUAGUUUGACAAAUCUCAGGAUCUUCAAGAGGUCACUAGAACAUUCCUCAGAGGGUUUUUCUGAGUGCCUUCAUGUGCAGAUCUCCCUGCCAGACAGGCAGACCUUUUUCAUCUCCCUCUCCUUGCCCUACUCCCCUCCUUCCCAAUAUUCACAUCUUAUUUACUCACUUCAGGAGACUCUGGCUUCCUACCCCUCCCUUCCCCUGGUCAUGUUUAGAAAGGAAUCCUACGGCCCACUCCCCAGACAGCUGUUCCUAGUUCAGAAAUCAGUCUUGGAGGAGGCAAGUCCAACCUGAUUUCUCCCGCAGAUAAGCCACCAAGAUAACUUGUUUCGCUGGUGGAGUCUCAGGCCUCCUCAGGCAGGCAGCUGAGGAGAGCUUCUGGAGUUGUCUUACUUCCAUUUGAAAGAGAAAAGGAGUAGGGAGAAGAGAAAGCUGAGAGAGGGGGAAAGAAGGCAGCAGUAAUAGAAUGGAGAGAGGAGAAAAAGGAAAAGGCAAGUUGGAGCAGGAAGUGAGGAGCUGGUUGAGCUCUGGGUCUGAGAGAAACACCGCAUUAACAUUUCAUCCCCUUGGCUUGGAAGCUUCUGAGAACUCCAGAGGGGCAUCUCAUUUCCGAGCACGAAGUAACGGCACAGCCAACAAGAUGAACGGCGCUUUGGAUCACUCAGACCAACCAGACCCAGAUGCCAUUAAGAUGUUUGUCGGACAGAUCCCCCGGUCCUGGUCGGAAAAGGAGCUGAAAGAACUUUUUGAGCCUUACGGAGCCGUCUACCAGAUCAAUGUCCUCCGGGACCGGAGUCAGAACCCUCCCCAGAGUAAAGGUUGUUGUUUCGUAACAUUUUAUACAAGAAAAGCUGCACUUGAGGCCCAGAAUGCACUGCACAAUAUUAAAACUUUACCUGGGAUGCAUCAUCCCAUUCAGAUGAAACCUGCAGAUAGUGAAAAGUCAAACGCUGUGGAAGACAGAAAAUUGUUCAUAGGAAUGGUUUCGAAGAAAUGUAAUGAGAACGAUAUCAGGGUGAUGUUUUCUCCAUUUGGCCAGAUAGAAGAAUGCCGGAUCCUCCGGGGACCCGACGGGCUGAGUCGAGGCUGUGCGUUUGUCACAUUUUCUACAAGGGCAAUGGCACAGAAUGCAAUCAAAGCCAUGCAUCAGUCUCAGACCAUGGAGGGCUGCUCUUCACCCAUCGUGGUGAAGUUCGCUGACACUCAGAAGGACAAAGAGCAAAGGCGCCUGCAACAGCAGCUCGCGCAGCAGAUGCAACAGCUCAACACUGCCACCUGGGGGAACCUGACAGGCCUGGGCGGCCUCACCCCGCAGUACCUGGCGCUCCUCCAGCAGGCCACCUCCUCCAGCAACCUGGGUGCAUUCAGCGGUAUUCAGCAAAUGGCAGGCAUGAAUGCUUUGCAGUUACAGAACCUGGCAACGCUGGCAGCAGCUGCAGCCGCAGCCCAAACCUCAGCCACCACCACCAAUGCAAAUCCUCUCUCCACCACGAGCAGCGCUCUGGGAGCCCUCACAAGUCCCGUGGCUGCUUCAACCCCCAACUCCACUGCUGGUGCGGCUAUGAAUUCUUUGACCUCUCUUGGGACUCUGCAAGGAUUGGCGGGAGCCACUGUUGGAUUGAAUAAUAUUAAUGCACUAGCAGUUGCUCAAAUGCUCUCAGGUAUGGCGGCUCUGAAUGGAGGACUUGGCGCCACGGGCUUGACGAAUGGCACGGCGGGCACCAUGGACGCCCUCACCCAGGCCUACUCAGGGAUUCAGCAGUACGCGGCAGCGGCACUGCCCACGCUGUACAGCCAGAGCUUGCUGCAACAGCAGAGCGCUGCAGGCAGCCAGAAGGAAGGUCCAGAGGGUGCAAACCUCUUUAUUUACCACCUUCCACAGGAGUUUGGAGACCAGGACAUUCUACAGAUGUUCAUGCCUUUUGGAAAUGUUAUCUCUGCUAAAGUCUUCAUUGACAAACAGACCAAUCUGAGCAAGUGCUUUGGUUUUGUUAGCUACGACAAUCCAGUAUCUGCACAAGCUGCUAUCCAGGCUAUGAAUGGCUUUCAGAUUGGCAUGAAACGCUUGAAGGUCCAGCUGAAGCGCUCCAAAAACGACAGCAAACCUUACUGAUCCUAACCCCAGAGGCUCCCUGCUCUUAUUUUAGCUUUCUUAGGACAUCUUCAUGCCCGUUAGUUCACCGUUUGCCUAGCAUGUCCCUGUGGCGUCUCAAAAAAAAAGUUUCAUCGUCCCGUCAUUGUUUCUGAUGUCUUUCUGACCUCACAUCAUAUUUGGUUCUCCUACUGACCUUUGAUCUAGUUUGACCUUUGAAAUUUGCAUGUGACCUCAUCUAGCUAUGAAUUCUGGGAAGUCAAUGUGAAAAACAUUGCUGCAUUCAUGCAAGACUGAAAUUUAUUAUUAGACAAAUUAAUUAUAGAAAAACAACCUGUGGCAAAAAAAUGUUUCGUUUCUUAUUUUUUUUCUUUCUUUUCAUAAAACAGACUUGAAAGUAUUAUACAGGGAUUGGCAUUCUUCCCGGUCACUGGUAACAAUAGCAAUAUGUGUCCAGGGACACAGAAUGUUGGUUUCUAACAGACUACUUCCAAAAACAGUUUGAGAAAAAAACUGUCUGAUUUUAAGUCUCUAGAGGUCUGUAAUAGUUUUUACAUUUUUCAGGCAGUGUAAAGUUUUUUGAUAAGGCCAUUUUAGGUGGCUCACUUUCUCAUUAAGAUAUAUAUAUAGAACCACUUUUUGUAGAUUAGUAUAAGAAAAAUAUUUACCCUGUUUUGGGGCAAAUGCUACCUAUUUGUGUCACCUUUUGCUGAACUGACUCACAGUUAGACAAUCCAUGGUUUAAUGCACAUGAAAUUACCUAUAUUUUAUACUGUUUCAAUGUACAGGAGAAAGGUUACUGUAAACUGUUACGUUGGUGCUUCUGUGAAUUAAGUUGUGGUUUCAUCAUGAGUCUAUGGUCUUAAUGUUCACUGUUGAUAAGACAAGUUUAGAAUUGGUUUACUUAAAACAAAAAAAAAGAAUUUCAAAAAAAAGUUGUUUGCUUAAAAAAAUUUCAUGUGAGGGAAAAAAAAAACCUAUUCCAGAAUAAGUUUUGUGUUGGCUUGUAAAGCAUUGAUGUCAUUUUUUUUUAUUAUUGUGGACUAUUUAGAUGUGUUUGUGUUCAGCAAAAUGUGAUUUUUUUUCUUUUAAAGAAAAAAAGUGAAAAUAUAUAGUGCCAAAUUCCAAAGGUACUUCCUUCCUAGAGCUUCAGUGUGUUUCUUGUGAGAAGUAAUUUGAUAACAUGGGUAUUUUAUUAUGUGUUUUGUAUAAAUCCCUAAUAUUUAAAAAACAAAAAAAAAGAGGUUAAAAAGUUUGUUAACUUGCUAUCCUGUGGUCUUGUUGCCUGAAAUUGUUAUUGUUUGUUAUUUCUCUAUAAUGUUUUUUGUAAGACAUUGUAUAAGUGCCCAUGUCUCACUUUUUUAACCACUCUGCACAUCAAUGCUGUGACAGCAACCUCACAAUGUAUUUUCUUCAUAAUAUAUGGAAACCUCUAAGGUGAGAAAGUUUUGAACUUUUAACCCUUUCUACCCAGAGCUAUCUGAAAUGUUGAUAACUUUUUAUAUAUUGUCAUCAUUUUAGUUUGUUUUGAGACGUUUCUCAUUUGGAAGCCCCCCUUCCUUGUCCCCACAUCUUUCUUCUCUAUAAGUUUUGUUUUCACUACUUUUUAUUCUUUGACUGAAAUCCAAAACAAAAAAUCUCCACAAGGCAAACCUGAAGGAAAAAACAUACUUUAACUCUCAUUUUUUUUCCUACACUAUUAUUUUCACUUUUGGUUCUUUCUGAUCAUUCUUUUUUAAGAAUUCUUAAUAUGCUGCUGGAAUUCCUUCUUCAGUUUUAAAGAAAAACUGUUUACUGGAUGAACCUUCUGAGGGGAUGGUAGAUAGAUUCAGCCUAUAACUUCCAGUUAAACAACACUGCGACUGGGUAGUCUUGAGGAUUUUUUGCAUUCAUUUCUUAAAAUACUCCUAAAUCAUAUUUCUAAUCAGCCACUGUGCUGGGGACUUUCUGAUCCCAGCAAACACCAGGUUUAAUUGCUGAUAGUCCUUUCCUGGUUGUUGUUGUUGUUGUUUUAAUUGAGAACACAUUUAAACAGAACGGACCACAGAAGUAAAAUUCAGUUCUUAACCACAAUUACUGACCAAAUAUCUACCACCAGUUCCUGCUGCCACUUUUUAAAGUGCCAUAUUCUUUGACUUUCACUUUAUGUAAACAGAUCUCUUGCUGUCUUGACAAAACCCAAUGUCAUUCCCACAACACAAGUCCUGCCUGCUUUCCUGGACAGAAGCCUGACUUCACUGCAGUUCAGAAACUGCUGGUUCCCUUUCCUUCCUCUUUUCCCCCCCGUAUACCACCCUGUUUGGUUUAAUGUGCAUUUAGAUGUGAUAGCCCUGGGAUGGAAAGGACUAGCCUCUGAUGCAAAAAAAAAAAAAAAAAAGUUUCCUUCUUAUAGCACAUGCACUUAAAAUGAAAUGAUUUGUAUUAUCCUCACAAGUGUUUACUACUGCUGGGGCCUUCCUUCAUCCUUUGAGGGCUAUUUUGUACUUCCUGCAGCAAUCAGCCUAGCAACAAAAGUUAUCGCACAUGUCUCUCAUAUAUAUUACAUGGUGGUGUGUAGAUACAUACAGACACAGGAGAGCACCAUUUGAAUCUCAGUUUCAUUCAGAAUCUCUUCAUUUAUCCAAUUACAUAUAAAUCUCAAAUAAAAUGUUUCCUCUUUCUUCACUGAAGCAAACUGCCCUCCCCUCUUUUCCUUUCCCCGACCUAUAUCUCCCCCCAGGAACCUGAAUGCAGCUGACCAGAGGCUAAGGGUGGGUACUUUGAACUGAGUGUUUAUUUUACAGGCAACCAAGACCAUACAUUUAGGGGGAAAGUCCUUUUAUUUUUUUUUUUCUUUGCAUGUUUCAUUGAUAAGAAAGCUGUCCUUUUAUUCACUUUAAUCUCAAAAGGAAAAAGCUGCAAGGGUGCAAGGGGCGUGUGCCAGAAGAAAAACACACAGGGAAACUGCUUUUUUUUUUUAAAAUCAAGUGUAGAAAAUAGUCAUUUUUAAACUAAAUUAGAGAAUUGCGAUAAAAUGGCAGUCCUCAAAGGUGUGACAAGUUCAUCUUUCUUUCACCAUAGGGGUUAUAGUUCUUUGGCUUGUGCUACUCUGGAAUCAUUUUACUGUUUCUGUUUUUAUUAUCUUAAGUGCUAAUUAACAAGAAGAAAUAAAAUUUUAAAAAAACCUGUAGUUUCAUUACCUUUUUGAAUAAUGUCAUACAAAAAAUGUAUUUGUGUUUUUUUGUGCUGUGAGAAUUGUUGUUUGUAGAUUAAUAAUACCAUUUUGUUUAGAGUAUUACAAAAUAGUUUUUAAAUAUUGUCUGAGAAAAGCCAAAGUUAAUGCAACCUAGUGGAAACUGUAAGACCAUUUGAGUAUUGUUUCUGUUUUAUUGAUGCAUUUGGAUUUUGUUGUUUGAUGGAAUUUGAGCCAAAAAAAAAAAAAUACGCAGGCUUUCCUAUUUCUACAACUGAUUGUACUUAUGCAUUUUGUACCAGUGGAACUUUUUAUACUGGAGAUUAAAAAAAAAUGGAAAUUUUUGUGGCUUACUCUAAGUGGGCCCCCUGACAAUGACUGAUUUCAAGUUUGAUUUCUGGUUGACAGGAAGAAAGUUGCUUUUCUUUUGAGAAUUAAAAACUUUGGCUUGAUUUCUUUUUUCCCUUUGCUUAUAUCUAGCAUUAGAAUUUUGUCUUAAAAAUACAGCGGUAAGUUUCACUUUUUAUUCUGUAUUGUGCAGUUACACAAUAAGGUAAUUAGAUUUAGAAGUACUCAGUCACUUUAAGUGGAUAAAUGUAUUAGUUAAAACUUUAGAGGUUUGCUUUUUUGCUGUUUAGAUCAAAGUUUUUUCUGAUUCUUCUGUCCUCAUUGUGAACAUAACCGUGUAGUUGAAACAGUCAAACUUAUUUUUGUAACGUAUGUUAUUGUGUGAUGCGAUUUUUUGCUUCUGUCUCCAAUAUUAAACCAUUUUCCUAAUACUUGUUUCUCUCUCUGCGUGUUGUAUUGUUGGUAGUCAUUAUAUGUUGGUGAUGCAUCUACACACCUCACUGUUUCACGUAUCUGUUUUUUUCUCUAUGUUGUGUAAAAAGAUACAGUCGAUUCCACCUAAGUGAAUAUCUGAUUUGGGGAAAGGGAAAACUGCACACCAGCCACCUUUGAUUUAUGUACACAACCCAUUUUAACCACUGCUUCCAAAAUUGACACUUUUUUUCUGAUGGGUCACCAAAAUAACCGCCUACAGAGCUGGGUUUACCAGGACAUUUUGUGAUCCUUUGACCAUAAUGGUAAAUUUCACCUUCUCUUCUGACCUCUUCUCCUCCGGCACCCCCUUCAUGCUGUAUGUAUGCUACCUGUUAUCAUUCAAUAGAAACUGCUGCUGCCUUGCUACAUAAUCUUAGGAAACUUGAGAAGCAGCAGAGCUAGGGUUUCUUCUAUCUACCCACAAGUCCAAAGGCCUAGCAUAACAAACACUUCCUAGAAACUAAUCACAUUUUUAAAAGAGGUGAGCUCUUGAGGGAAGAAAAACUAAACUUACUGGUGAAUAGACGUCUAUGUGUUGACAUCGAUCAAUAGAUAUGUAUAGGAAAGUAAUUUAAAUUAUUUAUUUUUAAGAGCUAAUUGAAUCCAGGAGCAGCUUUAAUUAUUAAAACUAAUGGAAGAGAAAAGAAAUUUCCAAGUGCUCAAAUGGAAUCCCACUCAAUAGGGUGGGUUG